GCCCGGGUGUUUUCUGGUCAUUAUCGCCCUGCUGCGCUGCCAUUUUAGAGGGACGUUCCGUGAACUUUGGGAACAGACUUCUACUGUCAAUCUGGAUGUACAGCAGCGAAGAAUCAGCUCAAAUGCUGUUGAUGAGGAGGAUGUGUGGUUCCCACUCCUUGGAUUGCAAUAAUCUCUAGAUGUGUAUACUCGUCCCAGUUGUACUAGAGAAAGUACCAUACAGGUGUUGAAUCACCACCUAACUCUAAUAAGCAAUUAAGGUCCUUCAAUGCUUACGAACACGAAGACAAAGUUUACAUUGCCCGAUUUGGUUGUACCGUGAAAAAUGCGGGGAGAUGGUCGAAUGCAUAGAUAAUUGAAUUGGUGAAAAAAGCUGACCUUUCAAGUCUGAAUGUAAAGGAGGAAGUAACCAUGAGUUUGGAAACAACAGCGGUGCCGAGUGAUGGGGUUAAAAACCUAGAACAAGGUAAAGAUACGACAGAGGAUUAUCAUGAGCAUGCCGAUGAAGAUCUAUUUUUUGAUCCCGACGUAGGAGAGGAAAAGUGCAACGGUGUGUGCAAUUCGGACAGGAGGAAACAAUGCGAAAUGAGGAAUAACAACAAUGGUGCUGAGACACCAGAUAGAAGUGUGUCUGACGGAACGCUUCCAAAGGGCAGCACAAUUAGCGACGAGGGAAAAUCGACCAUGUAUGUCGGAAAAAACUACGCAAAGCAAUCAGAAGACAUUACAAUCUACUUGCUUCUGAAGUGUGGUGUUCGUUUGGAAUUCUACAAUGUGCCCAGGCGAUAUUACGCAUCUGAAAUAACUGUCCUGGUUGUGCGGGACACGGGACUCAAACAUGAUCAUUUCAAGCUAUUGUACAAUAAAGAGCCAGUGAAACCAUUGAAGCCUCUGGAAGAGCUGGCAGAUGAGACGGGACUAGUGCAACUUGAAAUGCAAUUAAGAAACCUGAGCGAGAAUUCGAAAAAAAUCAGGCUAGGAAAACGAGAGGUUAAUUUCAAGUCUGGUUUAAAAAUCCCCGUUAUAUGCCGAAAAAUGUUCGUGUCCGAAGAACCAUGCAGUCGGGAGGAUAUUUUAUCGAUAUACCGCGAUGAUGGCAACGAAGAGAAAACCAAAGAUGUGUGUAUAACCUGGCUGCCCUCGACACAUCACAAGUUGUUCCUGGGUGGAUAUCGGCAUAAAAUAAAGGAUACUGUGUACCAUCAUGCGUAUUCCCAAACACUGCCGAGACCGAGGUCCCCUCCUGAAAUACCCAUGUUUUCCAGAGACACACAGACAUACAAAGUGAAACACUUUGGACAAACAACAGUGAAUCACAUGUCAACUCAGUUCUCAAAACCGGGGUUCUUCGUAUCCAGCGCCAAAGAUCAACUGAGGACGCCAGGCCCGUACGAAACCGCGGAUGAGUAUCUGGCCCGAGUUCUUCGAGACGUAAUCAUCAUUCAGAAAUACACGAGACGAUGGUUGGCCAAAAGAAGAGUUGACGAACUACGACGUCUGCGCGAUGCCUAUUUGGAGUGGGAGAGGAAGCAUGCACAGGCGAUGGAAGACCAGAAGGCAAAAGAAAUAAAGUUCGACUUUGAACGUCGCUGCCACCCCAAAACGCAAGGCGAUUUCGAUCGACUAUUCAAUGCGCUACAACAAUGGAAAGUGGAACAGGUGGAAAGAAUAACGGCUACAGCAGCAACACCUGCUGAAAAGAAGGCGGCUCUAGCCUUGUUACUAGAUCAAGAAGCGGGGCUAAUAGCGGCUAUUGGCCAACAUCAGCUGUGCGCCUCAAGGAAAGGAAAAGAGAGAGCACAAAUGAAUGCCCUGAGAAAGGCUGCAGCACCCAUACGCUGGCUGUCUUCUAUCAAUGGCAGAGGGUUGGAAAUGGAGACUCAACAAACAAAGCGUGCAAAGGAGUUACUGGACAUGUGUACCUCCCUAAGCAUGAGAUGCGUUAAUCCGGAGGAGAGAUUGGACAUAUUGCUUACGAUCAAACGUACAGUGCGUCAAUAUCCGUACAAAAUUUGCCAAGAAUUAUUGCAACUGAUCGAGCGCGAAGCAGAACUAAUCUUGAGAGGAGUGCACUCAGAACAGCUCAGAGGGCUAAGACAACGAAUCAAUAACCAAUUUGUGAAAUUCGCCAAAAUACCACAAGUGAACCCAGAAAUUUCAAAGUAUAUAACUGUGCCCACAGGCACGAGGGAAGAAGUGGCCCAUGAGCUAAAAGGUGAUGUACACUACUGUAUUUCAUGCGAUCGCUACUUAAGAAACACGGCUUUCCCGCUGAGCGCGCGUGCAAACCGUUUGACACCUUGUAAAGAAUGCCGGCGAUUAGAUAACCGAGCUAGGAAACGGCUUGAUCUGGGACCAUACGAAAGAAUCCUCAGUGAACUGCGGAGGAAAGAGUUGGAACUCACGGAAGAAGCGCGAGAACGUGCACGAGAAGAUAUGAAAGAAAUGGAACUGCGUCUUUUGGAACAAGGCGAAGCGCCGAAACGGGAAAUAGCGACAACAGGUGGUGCGAAUUUCAAUGUUUUGAAUGUAAAUCCAUUUACAUUCCUUGUAAACGAGGAAGAUAUACGUUUUCUUGUGGACGAUGUAUGGGAGCGUCGUUCCAUACUGUCUGGAUGGUUGGACAUCACGGAUUUAGUUAUAACUCGUUGGCGACUGAAUGAGCCAUGGUCGCCGUGGAAUAUGCUGGUUGUUACACGCAAGGAAGCCGAGGCCCAUGAAAAAUUAGGCAACUUUCCACUGAACUUAGCAUACGCGGACGCAAUGAUGAAUAAGGUUAACCAGCGACUGAUAACUGGCCGAAAUGCAUUUCAGCGCUUGAAACAGAACGGGAUUAGAAUGGCUUAUGAGCAAGCCAUUAGGAGUGCAAACCAGAAAAACCCACAACAGACGCAAGAGUGGGUCCGAGAGAAACGGCAGCGACUGCCACCACUUGCGCCACAUCACACCUUGUUAGAGCCAGCAGAAGAGCGUCACAGGCCAAGGUAUCAACCUCCAGACCAAAUGCUACCAGUGAUUAGGGGGGAAAAAUUGAUGCGAGAAGUGCAAGCCGCGGGAAAUUGAGUCCCAGAUGUAGACAACAGAAAUCUUCCCAAAGAAUAAGAGCUUGCGAACCAGCGUCAUGACGUUCAGGUGAUUAUUUUGUUCCCGAAGGCAAAUAAAGUAAUUUUAAAAUUCCGACAGUAACUUCUGAAUCGACACUGCCAAAUGCGUAAACGAAAGACUACGAGUCACCAAAAGAAAGAACGACUGAAGGCUGUUAGGGGAUGUGCGGGAGAAAAUCGCAUGAGUGGCAACUGCGUUGAAUAUCAUGGGCAGGGAUCUGUCGGGAUGCCCCUUUGGCAGUUCGUUAGCCGUUUGGCGUCUCAAUAUUGUGAUAGGUAUACUCGUUCCUUGAAGUCACGAUGAUAGCUGUUCUAGCGAUGAAUCGGGUAAGCUAAGGAAAUAAAUUCAUACCAAUCGCUUGGCUGAUCAGUUGCAAAAGUAAACCGCUGAUCGUUAUUGCACCACUUGCCUCAUGGCUCAAGAAAUGCUGGUGCCACGCGAUACAGUCCAGGUGUUUGUUUAGGAAGUCAAGAUAAAAGUCAAACUUCUGAUUUCAAGCAGUACGGGCCAGAGCCCACUAUGGUAGCCGAGGACACGCCUCUCGAUGAUCACAUAGACGCGACCUAUAAAACCAAGGGAGCUACUGGCGUGAAUGUGCUGAUGGGUCGUGAACAAAGUUGUACCCUCUACAACCGGCAAGCUAAACCCGGCACACAUGGAUUCUUUGCGGGUAAGAUGAGUGAGCUGAUCGGCUGCUUCUGGUUCCUCCGACUUCAAGUGUCAGAGUCAGCAAGUGGCUGGUGAUUCUGAAACAACAGGUUGAAAGUGUGAAUCAUAUCCAGAAGAAGAGGCCAAUCCGGAAGUAAGGAAGAUUGCGUCUCUUGGCGGUCGUUAAACAGCGAGCCGACGCACAAUUUUCCCGAGGACAGCAGCCGAAUCACGAGACUCUUUAUAGGAACACUCGGAAUGGGGAGACGACAAAACAAGACAGAAACGAGACAACCAUGACGAAAGUCGUCUGUUGUCCUUGGUAAGUAUCACAAUUUGUCGGGGACAAUGCACGAUGCAAUCCCAGGCAUUCGGACACGAUGCACAUGAAGUACCGGUACAUUUCAUGGGAGCACAAGUCCAGGCAGGCAUUAAGAGUAAAAUGGAGAGAAAAAAUGAACCAAGGAACACACACAGUUAGCAUGAGGUACGUGUGGUGUUGUUCUAGCACUGGCCGCAGAGCAGAACUAUAGUCUGGGUAACCUCACCCCGGUUACAAAGCUGACUGAUCCUCUCCCAUUUGGGAGUAUCAUUCCGCAGUAAAGUAGAGGAUAGUCAUUUUCACUAGCAGCGUUAUGCUGAUAUCUCCUUAGUUAGCAGACAUUGCGAUUACUACUAUUGGAUAUUGUGAUAUAUAAUGGAUUCGUACUCAGGUGACUGGGACGACC